GUCAGUUUUACACAAAGAUUGGUGCUUGUAGACAUGGUGAAAAAUGUUCACGAAAGCACACAAGACCAACACAUUCUAAAACCAUCAUGAUGGCAAAUCUAUACCAAAAUCCAGAUGUUCAAAAACCAAACAGAAUACCCACAAGUGAUAUCGUUCCAAGUUUUGAAGAUUUUUAUAAAGACAUUUUCAUAGAGGCAAGUCAAAUUGGUGAAAUUGAUGAAUUAACAGUUUGUGAAAAUCAUAAUGAUCAUUUGAACGGGAAUGUGUACAUCAAGUUUGUCAGUGAGGAAGCUGCCAGAAAGGCGAGAGACAUUUUCAGUACAAGAUGGUACAAUUCGAGACCUGUUUACUGCGAAUUAAGUCCAGUUGUUGAUUUCAGAGGAAGUUCAUGCAGACAACAUGAUACACAGUCUUGUGAUAGGGGAGGAACGUGUAAUUUCAUGCAUGUUAAGAGACCAAGUAGGGAGUUGUUGAAGCAAAUGAGACUAUCUCAAAAGAAGUAUUACCAAGAGAAAAAGGCAUUGUGAAGAGGGAGAAUAUAUCACCAGUUCUUCGAAAUUUAAUAGCUGGCUUCCCCGAAGCUCUACAUUGUGUCAGAAUCUGUGUCAAUGGAUUUGAUAGUUUUUUUACGUACCCAUAUCUCACUUAAUUAUGGAUUGGGAGUCUAAAAUAGCUCAACAGCUUGACUUUCGAAGUGACAAUUCCAUUAAAUGAAUACGUUUUUCGGCUCAAAAAUGAAUAACCAAAAACUCUGCACAGCUUAUCAUUAAUAUAAUAUAUAUUAUGAGCAAAUCUUUCUCUUAAAAGCAGUUUUGUAGUUUUAUAUCAUCUUUCAUACUGUUUCUUAGUAGUGGCCGUUACCGAAAUCUGCUUUCUCGAAUUUUUGGAUUUCUGAUGGCAAAAAUCUGUAGCGUAAAAACACAUCAACAUAUUCAACAAAAUUGACAACGCCAAUUGGAUCCUAAGA